CUCAACUCCGCAUCAAAACUACUCUCCUUUCAAUAUCGCCAUGGCAUAAUCAAAUAUCGUCUCUGGCUUGUCUCUAGACUCCAGAAAGCCCACAAGCCCACCCAUAACCUGCCAACCGACACAUUGCCCACCAUGGCAGACACCGACCCCAAGCAAGAGCCCUCGGUCGCAGAGCUCAAAGAAAUCGCCCAGAAUGCAGACGCCCCCGAAGAUAAACUCCAGGCCGCCGCCGCACAAGCCGAAGCCGCCCUGUCCAGCUACAAAACCGCGUCCUCCCUCCGCGAAGCCGCAGAUGCCAUCCGCGACCCCGCCAAGCGCGAGAAAUACCUCCGCGACGCGUACAACAAGGAAAUCGAGGCCCACGGCAACAGCAAAAAGGCGCGUAUGCUGCAGUCCGGGGCGUUCCAGGGGACGGUUGGCGGCGCGGGUAUUGGUGCUGUUGUUGCGGGCGGCUUGGGUACGGUGGUUGGAACGGUUGUUGGGACGGUGACGGCGGUCCCUGCAACGGCGGUUGGGGGGCUGGUGGGUGCGGGCGUUGGGCUGGGGCAUGGAAGUUGGAUCAAGUUGGGGAAGUUGGGGGAGGGGAAGCAUGGGAAGAAGUGCGAGGAGAAGGCUGAGGCUGGAGAUGAGAAUAAGGAGAAUGAGGGCGGUGAAGCGCAGCAUGAGAAGAAGGUUGAUGUCGACGACGCUGUGCCAAAUCCAGAUAUGCUGAGGCAGGCUGCUGAGGAUAUCAAGAAGGAAAGAGAGAAGGGGAACUUGGAUCCAGAAGGGACUGGUGAUGCUGAGAUGAAAGAGCGGGGGAAGCCCAGGAAGCUGAGUAGGCAGGCCAGCGAGGCAGGGAAAGAAGAACAGACGGAAUCACCGAAGUCAGAGAAGAAGAAGCCGCGGAAGAUCGAAGUACGAAGCAAGCCGGAGGCUGCGGCGGCAUAAGAGCGUCGGCGCAUUUCCUUGUACGUCUUUCACAUCCUGCAUAUAGCGUUGCAUUGUAUCCAUGAUCCUUCCUAUGUUCAAUCUAUUUUACCCCUGCGUACAGCAUUACAACAAUAUAAUAGCAAAAGCUAGAAAGCAAAACUCUCAGACAUGUUAUGUAACCACGUGGCUUCGAUCACAUGAUGUCCUAUUGUAGCAGGUACUGCCCGGU